ACCCCUAUCUGUCACACACGGUGUGUCUCUAGGAGGAGAGAAUCGGAGGGCAGGGAUGAGGAUGAUGAUGAUAAUGAAUAUGCUGUCAUCGGCGUACUUCAGAGACUUGUCAGUGAUGCAUGGAUGAAAUGAUGCAACGUCGGAAAGAAACAUUUUAAAUCGUUAUUAUUGUGUUGGCUAUUUCCACUAUCUAUUCUAAAUGGCGACCGAUUGCACAGAACAAGCCGUCCUGGAGUUCCUAAUGGAGAAAGGAGGGGUGGUCAAACAUAUGGACCUGCUUGAUCAUUUUGAAUCAGUGUGGAAAAGUGAUUCGUCAAAGAAAACACUGUUCAAUGAACGGUUGAACCGUCACGUUGACAGCGUUGCUUUCAUAAAACUGGAGGAUGGAGUGAAAUUCGUGUGUUUGAAGGAAAACAGCACAAGCUCUGUGAUGCGCACAGACCCUGGCAACGAUGGAGAGUGUAACGGCAAUGGGGUGUGUGGUAGGGACAGCCCACUAUCUGAAUCUGGAGAACGGGGUGGGAGCAACAAUGUCAGCCGAGAUGGGAACAGAAAUUCUAGUGAUAAAUGUGAUUCACCUGAAAAAGACUCAAAUGCACCCGACGUCCUAUCUUGGCUUGAUAAUGACAUGGAAUCGAACGGUAAUCUUCAUCAUCCAUGCUGCCUAGAGGAAGGUAAAGUUAGUGAUGUUACUUCAGGUGGAGUCAGAGAGGUGAAGCUUAGAGAAGUUAGUGAUGAUUCCUUCUCAGGUGGAGAGGUGAGGCUAAGAGACAGGAGGAGGAGAGAGUCAGCUCCAGCACUGGGGACAGACUCAGGUGUGUUGGCUGGCCAGGUGCAGGUGAGGGGAAGUAGGAGGACCUCCCGGGGCUCCCAGAGGGCUCUGCUGACCAGCGCUCUGUCAGAAGAUGGCGGGUGGGAGGGACUGGACGGAGACUGGAACAACCCCAAGAGCAGCCGCAGGAACUUCAUAGAGCUGAUGAUGAGCAGCUCCCCACAGGUACGUCGGUCUCUGAUCAACCGCGGCUCUCGUCUCAGAGACUCUGUCAGGAGCGACAGUGACUCCACCUCUCUGCUGUCGUCUGCAGACGGGGACUGUGUCUCAGUGGCCCUGGACCCCCUGGAGCACGAAUGGAUGCUGUGUGCCUCGGACGGCCAGUGGGACAGUCUAUAUCCGCUGCUAAUCCUGGACACCAGCCUGCUGACCAAGAGGGACUUUGUGACGGGCUUCUCCUGCCUCCACUGGGCUGCCAAGCAGGGCAACGAGGAGCUGUUGACACAGCUACUGGAGCACGCCAAGCAGAACAAUGUUCCUGUGGAUGUUAAUGUACGCUCUAGUGCUGGGUACACUCCCCUUCACCUGGCCGCUAUGCAUGGACACACACAGGUUGUACGUGUGCUGGUAGACCAGUGGUCUGUAGACUCAGAGGCCAGAGACUACAGUGGGAGGAGAGCUGUCCAGUACCUCCCCCCUGGAGUCUCCACUACUGCAGCCCUGGAGCCAGGGAGCGGGACCAGCCCUAUAGGAGGAGGAGAAUCAGACACAGAAAACACAGACAGCGGGGCACAAGGGGGGCGGUGGAGAUUACCCAGAGUUCUCCAGUCCAACCUGAACCAACUGAGGCUGCUGAACGGAUCGGGAGAGGGGGGAGGGAGGGGGAGGGGGGUCAGGAAGGAGCAAGGCUGUUCAGAGGAAGUCGUCUCUGAGUCGGAUCAACGCACGGCUCCACCGAGGACGCCACAAGACCCAGAUCAUCCACAGCACCUCCUUCAGAGGGACGGGGGAGGGAGUGGAGGAGGGGGAUACGGGGGAGACCAGCCCAACCAGCCCCCUCAAAGGCAGACCAAUGUCCAAUCUGUUUGGAUAAGUCACUGCACUGUUAGAAUCGCACGUACAGUAACAGUUCAAAGGCGGCCCUAAUAUGGCCAGCCUACUGAUUCUGAUACCAUUAUGACAUGGGAGCUAGUACUAAGGGCCCAGUUUCCCACCAAACACAGAUUACAUUUAGUCCUGGACUAAAAAACAUGGAGAUUCCCUUUUGAGCAUGCUUUUCCGUCCAGGAGUAGGCUUAACCUGGGUCUGGGAACUGUAGGCCUACGUUAAACUUUAGAUUUGGCACUGUUUACUAGUCACUGGGAAAUUAAUCACAGUUAACCCAGAACUAAAAUAUUGCAUAAUUUGGUCAGAUGCUCGUACCAUUUAUGUUUACGUAGUCUGUCCACGAGAGAUUACAGGGAAAUAGAUCUGGGAUCAUUUUGCUGUAAGAAAAAUGUUCACUCACUAGAUCUGAAUCCUGUGGGGAUUUAAGGUGCUGCUUACAGUAAUUACCUCUACAUAAUUAUUUAAUAUAUUUAACAUAAUUAUUUAACUUCUAAUAUUGUUAUAAAGACAAGUCAAACUAACCACUGAACUCCUUCAACACGAAUCUCGAUGUAACUGCACUUGUCACUUUGAAGGUAUAACUACAAUGAAAUAGGUGAGUCUAUAACCUACUUAUGAUCUUAGAUGUUCUCCAAUGGGUUGUGUAGAUGUUUUACCUGCAGUAAAGUUACAUUCGCUAGACUGUGUUUAGACCUGAAAUGGUCAGGAAUAGAAAAAGAAAGGGUCAGAACUCCUAGAAUUGAGAUGGGAAAAAGAGUUCCCAUGUAAAAAAUUAAAUAAAAAGUAAUCACUUGGUUUUCUUUACUUUGUUUAUGAAUUUACCAUAGAAUAAAUACAUGUUUUCAUUCUGUGGAACAAAUGUCCCUUAAUAUGUUUACCUAUAUUUGCUCACAAUAAAUGACUGUUAAUAUUUCAAAUGUUUUUGGACACACCCUCAAAUUCUCCAGCAUGAUCAUCAUAGUGUUGGGCUGAAGCUCCUCACUCAUAUGUUGCAGUUUAGAUGUCGUCAUUUCCCUUGCAUACUAUAGAUAAAUACUACAUAUUGUACAGACCAGCCUGUUGCUAGACUCUAGCAGUCUGACUGCUGGGCACCUGAUGUCACUUUUCCUAAUGUUGGAUGAAUGCAAAGAUGCUGUGCACUGCCUGUCUGUCUGUCUGUGUCUGUCUGUGUUUUCUCUCUCUCUCUCUCUCUCUCUCUCUCU